GAAUAAAACGACAUUAAAAAAAGAAGUGAAAAAAUACAUAAUUAUGAUUUAUGAGUGGGCCCCACUAAGGUUGUCCAGACCGGUUUGAUUCCGGUUCAGAAAUGAAUCUAUGAAGAAAAAAGCCAUUGAAAUACAAAACACUCUUCUUCUUCUUCUUCUUCCUUAAAUUUCAUCACAUGUUGAACCCUAACCCUAACCCUAAUCCUAAACCCAUAGCUGAAUGAUGCCAAAGCUUUAGCCUUUGUUUGAUUAUCUUAUUUUAAGCUACAAGGAAAAACCAUAAUGGAGACCCAUUUCAAUCACAAUCUUUUCGAGAGGCGACCAAUUCUCAGGUCCAAGACUCCUGCUGUUAAAUGGUUCAGAGAAUGGGUUCCCCAAGAUGUUGUGGCCACUGGUGGGAAAUGCUUUCUCUAUAAAUGGGUAACAGAGGAUACAUUAAAGUCGUUGGAAGAGAAAGCAAAAGAACCAGAGGUACCGGAACCAGAACCAGAGCCAACUACAGAAGUACUUUUUCUUUGCAGCUAUGAAAGUUGCGGAAAGACCUUUAUUGAUGCCGGUGCUUUGAAGAAGCAUUCCCACAUCCAUGGAGAGAGACAAUAUGUCUGUCAUUACGAGGGAUGUGGAAAGAAAUUUUUGGAUAGUUCGAAGUUAAAGAGACACUUUCUUAUUCAUACCGGAGAAAGGGAUUUUGUAUGUCCCCAUGAAGGCUGUGGUAAGGCGUUCUCGUUGGAUUUCAACUUAAGAUCACACAUGAAGACUCAUUCACAAGAGAACUAUCAUAUUUGCCCAUAUCAAGAUUGUGGAAAGAGAUAUGCUCAUGAAUACAAAUUAAAAAACCAUAUUUCAUCUCACCAUGAAAAGAGUGGGACUGUGGAUGUGACAAAAUUUACCCCAACUCCACCUCCAGAAAAGCCAGCUAGAACGCCCAAGCCGAGCGCAGGAGUUUAUGGCUCUGCAUCUUCCGAUCGCCCUUAUGCAUGUCCUUACGAAGGGUGUGAUAAGGCUUACAUUCAUGAAUACAAACUAAAACUACAUCUUAGAAGAGAGCAUCCCGGGCAUACUUCUGAUGAGAAUGUUGAGAACCCCGCAAUCAACACUGCUCACGAGAUAGAUGAAGGAAGUGACCAAGACGCCUAUGGUGGAAACCGUAUGCAUAAUGGCAAAUCCCAGAAACAAAGCAGGCCCAAGCCUAGUGUGAAGUUACCUCCUGCGAAAAUCGCACAGAGGAAGGGCUCGACUCCACCACCGGCUAGGGUGAACAUAGUGAAGAAACCAUGGUCGGUUAAAGACGAAGUUUACGAGGAAGACAGUGAAGAAACGGAGGAAGAUCGUGAUAAUAUUGAAGAUGGUUGGCGAUACGCUGAACAAAAUGAGGAUGAUGAUGAAGAAACUGAAUAUGAAGACUAAUUUUUUUUUUCUUUUUGGUUGAAAUUUGUUUUACCAUAAUUACUUGAUCAAUGCCCUUCAUUUUAAUUUCGUUAUAAGUAUAGAACAUAUUUUGAAGUGGCAAUAUUAUUAGGCUUAUAUUUUACUC